CACUGGUGCAGUUUUUGUUUGGGUUUCAUCAUCUUUAGGAAACAAGAGUGUAUUUGAUAGUUGGGCUUCACUUGAUUGAAAUUUCCUCGACGUUUAUUUUCACGAGAUCCACAACUCUCGAAUAUAUUCAAAUUGUAGCACCUUCCGAGGACCGCGGUCAAAGGAAAAACAGACGAGUUCGUGCCAGUAAUAAACCCUUGUCAUUCGAUUUGUUCUCAAAGUAUUGAGACAAAAUGGGCAAGCAGACCGCGCUCUUUCCGCUGGACCCGGAGAAGUAUGAGUUCAACCGCGUGCUGGGCUCCGGGUCGUACGGUGCGGUGCAGUCCUGGAAGCACCUCGGGUACGGCAUGUCCUUUGCGGCGAAGCGCAUCUCGAAUGCCUUCGACGAGUUUCUGAUCUGCCGCCGCACGCUGCGUAUGCAUUGCAAAAAUGUCUGGGCCUGGAAACCUGUGAUGCUAAUUUGCGGAUGACAAGCCACUACCCAUAGAUAUGGGAACACGCAUGACAAGUUUCCGAGCAACUAGGUGUUGCCUGAACUGCAUCAGAAACUGCGUUUUUGCAUUACAAAAAAGCAGCGCGGUAGCGCAACAUGCAUGACAGAUCUUCGUCUCCUGUCAGCAGAGCAUUACAAGUCUUGCAAUCUCCCAGACCCAGACAUAUUUGCAGUGGAUACUGGGCGAGAUCCGGUUGAUGCGGCACUUCAAGCACGAGAACAUCAUCGGGAUCUGCGACGUGUUAUCAACUGCAAAUAUGUCUAGGUCUGGAAGAGUGCAGACAUUUGUGAUGCAGUGUUUGCGCGACCCAGAUCGUCUGGCAUGCAAGCCCUAGCAUCACAGGUCUGGAGCAGGAGUCCCGAUGCCUAAUCCGCAUGACAAGUUCCCGUUUUCUGUUUCAAGAAGUGGGGCCCUUUGCUGGCCAUGCAUGACAGAUUUUGGCAUGGUGUAGACUUCGCAUCACAAAUUAACUCGAAGCCUUCCAGACCCAGGCAAUAUUUGCAAUGCAUACAUGUUUACCCAAGAGGCCGAGCGGCCGGACCCGGAGAAGACCGAGCGCAACCGCAAACUGGGCUACAGCGCCCCGAAGCUGGACCUCUACCUCUUCUCCCAGUUGAUGGACCACGACCUGGACAUGUGGAUCCGCGCCAGCUACAAGAAGCAGCACACCGUGGCCCAGGACGCCAAGAAGAUCCGGUCCUACACGCACCAGAUGCUGCUGGGGCUCAAGUUUCUGCACAAGGGGCACGUGAUCCACCGCGAUCUGAAGCCCGCGAACGUGUUUAUCAGUGACAAGGGGGUGCUCAAGAUCGGCGACCUCGGCCUGGCGCGCAGCAUCGACCUGGACGCGAAGGGUGAUCCGCUGUACCCGGACGCGGAGGCCUUGACCGAGUACGUGGUGACCCGGUGGUACCGCGCUCCGGAGAUCAUGCUGCUGCGCGGCUGCUACGGCCCCGUCUGCGACGUGUGGGCGGUCGGGUGCAUCCUGGCGGAGAUGUUCUCGCGCAAGGUGCUGCUCCCGGGCAGCGGGGGGUACGACCAGAUGCUGCGCAUCAUGCGCGUCACGGGCGUCUACCCGUCUACCUCCUGGUUGAACAACACCACCGGUAUAAAAUUUGUUGUACAAGAACUUUAACUACCAAGUGCUCGCAAAAAGAACAUUGAAGAUUCUACUUAGACAAGGACACUGAAGUAGAUUCUAUUUUUUUAUGCAAGGCGCCGCAUCUGUUUCUAUUGUCCACAUUUUUCCAUUGAUCCUUUUUUCGUCACCUUCUAAUAGAAACGCCGGACCCGUACGCGCGGCGUAGUCGCAUCGACAAGCACAGCGGAGACGAGGGCGAAAAGAUCGUGAACCGUAUCUCCGUAUCCAGUGCAAUAAUAUGUCAUCUGGGUCUAACUAGAGAGGUGCAGAGCCAGAAGCUUGUCUUGCAGGUUUGGCGCAGGCCUGAUGAAGAUGCCUGUCCCGCUUGAGAAAUCGAUGCGCUAUAUUCUGAUUUUUGUGUAAUAGGAGUUUAUUGCAGCGUCACAAGUUUGCAUCCUCCCAGACCCAGAUCGGUAUUAUUUGCAGUCCAUACUCCGGCGAGGUCCUGCAGCGGUACCCCCACAUUUUGAACCACCGCGACGCCGGGUCCGUCGACAAGGCCUUCAAGCAGAUGCCGUGGCAGUACCCGGGGGACCGUCCCUCGUACAACUACGAGGUGAUUGACCUGCCGCGGGACGUGAUGGACCGCAUGGGCGAGCUGUCCGGGAACGAGAGCACCAUGGCCAAGGACCUGUGCAUGAAGAUGCUCCAGUACUCCCCCGACAUCCGCAUGACGGUGGAUGAGGCGCUGGCGCACCCCUACCUGACCACGGACCCGGUAAUUGUGCAGAAGAAUGGCAAGGCCGAGAUGGAGGUGGAGAACGUGAAAAAGAUCGACAUGUCCUACGACCAGCAGUACGACAACCGCGGUAUGAGCUCCAAGGACGUGCCCGCGGAGAACCGGAAGAAGUUGGCCAAGCAGCUGCUGGAAGAGGUAGAGGAUUUCCGGCGCUGGCAGAAGCAGCAGUUUAUGCCGCAAAAAGAAGCAGACAGGGCAUAUUUGUGAUGCAAAAGUAAACUCACAGGAAAAUCUGUCAUGGGCGACCACAUGUAUAGCUCGUUGCUUAAGACACGCGAAGAGAAAUCUACUUUUUGUGUUGUAUAUCUUUUUGCACCACUGCCUGUCUUUUUGUUUUUCUGUGGGAUACAAUUCAAAUUGAAGGUCGAGGAGAAGAAAAAAAAGCAGGAACAACUGCAGGCGGCCCAGCUGCAGCAGCAGCAGAUGGCGAGCGCGGAAUACGAUCAAUCGAACAGCACGGCGGACAGGUGGCAAGUUUGUUUUCGUUUUGCGCUGCAUGCAAUAACUGACUAUGUAUGAUUCAAAACAUCAAAAUCAAUAUCAAAUUCAUCAACAUCUCUCUGCAGGCAGCGCGUGUCCCGCACCAUCUUGGCCACGCAGCAGGGCGCGGAACGGCGAUCCUUGGUGGAGCAAGUGAGCAAGGGACUGAUCUCGAACUCGACCAAGAAACACAUCUCCCCCGCGGAUCAGUCGACGGCGACCAACUCGGCAAACACUUCGGCCGCGACUUCGAUGGCGCACUCGCGCAGCAACUCCAUUUCCAUGGUCCCGGCGGACGCGGUGAUGCAGCAGCAGGCCUUGCAGUACAGCAGUGCGGCGAACUUCGGUCGCGCCUGGGCGGAGCACGGCGGGAGCGGGGCCGGAGGGAACCACCCGCACCCCUACCAACUGCCGAACAACCACGGGGGACCGAGUUCCUCCCGCCCGCAGUCUGCGUCAAACGUCGACGCGAGCGGAAUGACCACGACCUACAACGGGCGGCCGGCGCUGCAGAGCACGAGCCGCGCGCCCGUGGUCCUGCAGCAGAACAACUACCAUAAUGGCUACCAGCAGGAUAUCAUAUGUAAAAACGUCCCCACCCCAUAGUCAAGUUGGGAACUUAGCAACACAAAUCCAGAAGUUUUGGGAGCCACGCAUGACAACUUGCAGUCCGUAGCGUAGUGCAUGUUAGCAAGGACCAUCGCAUCACAAAUCCAUCUGCUUAUCCUGUUUACAGCAUCACAAAUUCGAAAACGCGAUUGGUAAUGCCUUGCAUGGACAUGCGCAUUACAAAUCUUCCUGUCAUCGCAAAUCUGCAAGACAACUAUGGGGUGGGGACGUUUUUACAUAGGAUACAGGAAAACGCAAACUACCAGCAGGCUUGGGACCCGCACGCAUCCUCCGCGUCCGGGCAGCACCAGAUGGUGGAUCAUCAGCAGGAUUUGUUUUCCAAGUUUCAUAUCCCGCGUAAAGAAGACGUCCUGUUCAGCUAGCGCAGCCGGAGCCGCAUGACAAAUUUAAAAGUUUGUUCCGAUUCUAGCACGACAAGCUCCCAGAUUAGAGCCUCACAAGAUGCCUGUCACAUAUGGCUGCGCAUGAGAAACAUUUUUUUUGGGCAUCAUGCAGAUUCGCAUGGCAAGAAGUCUGAGGUACUAGGGACGUUCUUUUACACAGGAUAUUCCAUGCUGCGGCGAACAGCAACUUGCGCUCCCGGGAAAACUACUACGUGGAAAAGAUGAACCGACCCUACUCUUCGCAGCAGAGCUACGGGGAGCAAGAUGCGAAAGCCGCGAACCGCGCUUACCGUUAUGAUCAUCAGGGAAACCGGGCGUAAGCUAGAAGCGAUGUUGUGGUUGUGGUAUAAAAAGAUAACUUGAAGAAGUUGUAUUUGUAGUUUCGUGGUUUUUAGCACUAGCAGGUACUAAUAUCCAUAUUUGUUGUAGUUCCACCUAGUUGAGACUUGACUAGGGAGCCGACGAGAGUUACACUUACAGCUGACCUAGUACUACUUGUUGUUUUCGACAACCUAUUCAUUGCAGUUUCAAUUUUCGAAUUUUAUGUUUCACGUUUUAUUGUGCACACACUGACUAGCAUGGAUUUUAGCGGUUCCAAUCUUCCUCUUACCUUCCGGGACCAUACUAUGAUCGGAGGAGGAGCUGCAGCUAAAAAAAAAAAUGACUUCCACGCAAGUAUUAAAGAUUAAGAUUUUUUAUGGCUUUUGAUGUCGUUGUUGCUUCGUACAAAUUUUUUUUAUCACAUACCUUCAGUUUAUAUUGACGCAAAAUGAGAAUUUCAAAUACAGACACAAUCCAACUCGUUAUGCUCGUCCGUGAAGAUGUAAAAUGCUUUUUUGUGCCAAAUCUCGAAUUAUAACCAAAACCAUUGUAGCUACUUCUUGUGCGUAUACUUCUCAAAUAAACUCAUGUUUUUACGACACCAUCGGCGUCCGCGAAAGCAGGAGACUGUAGCGGCAAAAAUACAGCGAAAAUAGAAAUGUAGAAGAUGAGUUUCAACAUGCCCAACUCAUUCAGAUUCAAUUUUGGACAGGGACCAACGAAACAAAUCAUGUCAGCAGCUGCCCAUCGUGGAAGCAAAAAAGAUAUCACAGGAGAGACCGCGCCGUGAGGUUUUCUCUAGCCAUGUGGCAUUGGCAUAUGACAAAAAACAGAUUGCAUGAUAAACGAAUCUUCAUCUUCAGUAUCUAUAUCACUUUUACCAGUUUCAGUGAUGGAAAUGGAUGGAACGAUAUUUGAAGAGUUCGAUUUGGCAGUCUAACCACACGGCUAUGACAACACACAUGCGGCUUGUUAUGAAUGAUGAGUUUCAACAU